CUCAGGAAUUUCUUGAUCAAGUUCAGAAGGUUACAGAUAUCAUGGGGGUUACUUCUAGUGAGAGUGCUGAGCUAGCUGCAUAUCAGUUGCAGGAUGUUGCUCACACUUGGUUCAAACAGUGAAAGUCAGAAGGCCAGAUGAUACAGGUCCUAUUAAAUGGGAGGAGUUCGUCACCGUAUUCUUAGAUUCUUUCCCUAAGAGCUGAGAGAGGCUAAGGUGUUAGAAUUCAUCAACCUCAUGCAGAGCAACAUAACGGUGAGAGAGUAUUCUCUUAAGUUUACUCAAUUAGCUAGAUAUGCCCCUCAUGUGGUUUCAGACAGUAGGUCCAAGAUAAGUAAGUUUGUCUUUGGGGUGAACGAUAGUGUGGUCAACGAGUGUAAGUCUGCGAUGUUGAAUAGUGACAUGACUUUAGCCAGGCUUAUGACUCAUGCUCUGCAGAUAGAGAAGCAAAAGAUUAAGAUGAGGGAGAAGCAGAAUAAAAGAGUAAGGAUAGGGCAUUUCAACUUUGCUCAGCCCAAAUCAGAAGGAGAAAACCUUUCUCAAUUUUGUUCUUCAGCCAGUUCUCCAGCUCCUAAGUUCAGGGAUGGUAAUAGAGAUAGGGCUCCAAGCUCUAAGUCUCGGGGCAGUGUCAGCAAUGCCCAAACUAAUUCCCCUUGUCAGACUUAUGCUAAGAACCACAAGAGUGUUUGCAGAGUUGGUAGUAAUGUCUAUUUCGAAUGUGGAAAGCCAGGACACAGAGUCAGAGAUUGUCCCCAGUCAGGUUAUCAGGGUCAGCAGAACCGUUCGCCAGCUCAGUUCGGUCGCCCAAACCAGCAGGAUGCCACUUCCAAUGCUACUAGUGGGCAACGCCCAAAUCGAUUUUAUGCUCUUCAGUCCUGUCAAGAUUAGGAAAAUUCUUUUGAUGUGGUUACUGGUUCAGAAGCACGAGCUCCAAAGUAUCAGUAGUAUUCCAGUCUCAGCAGUCAGAGUUGGCAGUGAGUCCUCAUCCUUCAAGGACAUGACCAUUACUUUAUUAUCUCAUUAAUUAAUUUAUUUCUGUAGUUGGAGUUAGUUGGGGACAUGUCCCAUCAACUCUUUAUUUAGACAGUUCAAUCAGUUAGAGGCUUUUCAGACUAUCAUGUUCAGAUAGUUUAUUUCAAGUUUUUCUUUUUGGUGUUUUGAUACCAUAUCAUUUAGAGAUUAUUUUAUCAGUUUUGAACCUUAUGGCCUUAUAGCCUUUAUUUUUGCAUUUAUACAGUAUAUUAUACAGUGUUCAGGUA